UUGGCUCUGCCCCGGCCGCCCUGCAUGAAGCUCUCGUAGGCGGCCACAUUGUUGAAGCCCUUAAUGUUUGGGAAGGGAAGCGGGACAGAGGCACGAACACGCGUUAAAGCGAAGAGGAGUCCUGGUGAGAGGCGGAGCUCACACUCCGCACCUAUUUCAAGACACCGUAAAUAUCAGAGGAGCACCCCGAUGCUGAUUGGAAAGGCUUGCAGAUUCGGUGGACGUGUCAGGUCUUGUGUUGUCAAACCUCUGGCCUGUCUUUUUACCACUUCCAGCAACAUGGCCAAGAGCAAGUUUGAGUACGUCCGCAACUUUGAAACAGAUGACAGUUGUCUACGAAACUGCUACAUUGUUGUGAGACUAGACGGGCGCAACUUCCACAAGUUUGCAGAGCAGCACAAGUUCCUGAAGCCAAAUGAUAACAGGGCUUUGGGCCUCAUGACUCGAAGUGCCCGCUCUGUCAUGGAAGACUUGGAGGAUAUUAUUAUUGCUUAUGGUCAAAGUGAUGAGUUCAGCUUUGUUUUCAAGAGGACCUCUACUUUGUUUAAGAGGAGGGCCAGUAAGCUCAUGACUCAUGUGGCGUCCCAGUUCUCCUCCUCAUAUGUGUUUUACUGGAAGGAGUUUUUUGGGGAGCAGCCCCUCUUGUACCCGCCAGGCUUUGAUGGACGUGUGGUCCUGUAUCCAAGCAACCACAACCUCAGAGACUACCUAAGCUGGAGGCAAGCAGAUUGUCACAUAAAUAAUUUGUACAACACAGUGUUUUGGACUUUAGUACAAAACGGGGGACUCACCACAGCCCAGGCUGAGGAACGCUUAAAGGGAACAUUAGCUGCAGACAAAAACGAGAUCCUGUUCUCUGAGUUUGAUAUCAACUACAACACUGAGUCUGCCGUCCACAGGAAAGGCACCACUCUCAUCUGGGAAAAGCGAGAUGAAACUACCAUCAAGCGCACAAAGCUACCAAAGGGAGAGGAGACGGAGAUGGCAGUGACUCGCAGCAGGAGGAGGGUGCACGCCCACCACUGCGACGUCAUAGGAGAGCAGUUCUGGACGGAGCAUCCAGACAUCCUGGAAGACGACAACUGUUGACGGCUCCUGUGCUUCUGUAGGAGAAAAACACUGAACUGAGUGGAGCCACACAAGCAGUGGCCGUAUGCUAGAGCAGCUUGAUGUUGACUCAUGUAGAUGAACAACUGUGUCAAACCGCAUGCUACCCAUGAAGCUUAGUCUCCUUGAAUCCCUCGUAAGAGCGUUUUCUGAGACUGAAGCCUUUGAUGAUUGACUUUGUAUGAUUACUCUCUCACAACCGGAACAUAAUCCUUACUUUUACGUAUUAAACUUCAAUCAUAAUGUUCCCUUAAAGUAGGAAGUGUUCUGUUUGAAGUGAUGAUGAUGCCUGUCGUGCUCAAAGGGAAGCACUUGAUUUAUCCAUAAUCUUUUAGUAGCGGGUGUUACAUAAACAGCAGUCUGAUUCUGCCCCUGACAUCUUCCCACUCCUAGUCAAGUGCAUGCUCUACUAAGGUUGCUUUUCCAAAAAUAUAUCCUCAUUUGAUAUCAUGAAUAACAUUGAAGUACUACCAGCACUUGAUCCUUCACCAUGUUAAACAUGAAACCUCUUGACCUACUGUU